AUGCCGGACUUUGAAAAGAUUUUGAAGCAAGCUGCUAUGCAAGUUGGUGCUGGUGGCAGUGCUGGAUUUGUAGAAGUGUGCAUCAUGCAUCCCUUGGAUUUGGUGAAAACGAGAUUACAACUGCAGGCCACAAAAUCUAAGAUUAAUCAAUCCGACCCACAUUAUUAUAGAGGAAUUGUAGACUGCAUGACGAAGAUGUAUCGGCACGAAGGGAUGUUAUCCUUUUGGAAGGGAAUACUACCACCGAUUUUAGCAGAAACCCCCAAACGUGCUGUUAAGUUUGUUACAUUUGAACAGUACAAACGAUUUUUUAUGUUCGGAUCGCCGACACCAACACCUUUAACGUUCGCUUUAGCAGGCCUGGGCGCGGGAAUUACGGAAGCUGUGUUCGUGAACCCGUUCGAGGUAGUCAAAGUAACCCUUCAAUCUAAUAAGCAAUUGGCUGCGCAAGUACCGAGCACCUGGACUGUAACCAGGGAAAUUGUUAGAGAGAGCGGACUGGGGUUCAGGGGUUUGAACAAGGGGCUGACAGCGACUAUUGCGAGGAAUGGCAUCUUCAAUAUGGUGUACUUUGGCUUCUACCAUAGCGUCAAAGGAUACAUGCCCGAGUAUCAAGAUCCCCUAUUGGAAUUUGGACGGAAAGUGAUCAUCGGAUUCACAUCUGGUGUUUUGGGGUCGUGCGUAAAUAUACCGUUUGACGUUGCCAAGAGUCGAAUCCAAGGUCCGCAGCCUACGCCUGGAGUUAUCAAGUACAGUUCUACCACUGGAGCGAUAUACUUGGUGUAUAAGGAGGAAGGUUUUCGCGCUUUGUACAAAGGUUUGUUGCCAAAAGUGCUACGAUUGGGUCCCGGUGGUGCGAUCAUGCUGGUCGUGUAUGACUAUGUUUACCAUUUCUUAGAAAAUAAGUUUGAAAAGAAGCCAAAUCUUUAG